AUGUGUCCGUUUGACUUUGAUGGUCAAGGUGGAGUACUCGCUCACGCGUAUUAUCCCAACGGAAAUCUCAACCAUGUCUCUAAGAUACAUAUCGACAAUGAGGAACAGUGGCACGUGCAGCUCACUGAAAAUCCGUGGAAUAAGGAUCAUCUGUUGCACACACUGACUCAUGAGAUCGGACAUGCUAUAGGAAUAGAGCACAGUCUACACGACAAUUCGGUAAUGUACGCGUUCGUGCCUGUUAAACAGUGGCCUGUUACGCUCAGCCUGGAUGAUGUUCUGGCUGUGCACAACCAUUAUGGACCUAACCCGAAUGCACCUGAACUACCGCCGGUCUCUACAUUUGUCUCUCCGACGGUCGCACCGACUACGACGACAACAACGACGUCGCAGCCGCCGUUGCCGCGUAAACCCAAGCCGCUACCACCUAAGCAUGUGUGCAAAGUGCGUAAUCCCGAUGUAAUACUUUUGAUGAAAACUAUUACAAUCAUUGCGUAUGAUAAAUAUGUGUAUAUAGCCUCUUCGAACUGGGGCCCGCAUAUUUAUCCACAUCUGUUGAAAGAAUACUUGCGCUUUCUCCCAUCUAAUUUUACAAAGCUGGAUGCGGCUUAUCAACAAUCAUCCGGCGAGCUCGUGCUCUUCGCCGAUAGUUAUGUGUACUUGGUUUCCUAUUCCAGUUUACAAUUGCAAGACGGUUGGCCGCGCAGUUUCUCUAAGAUUGGAUUGCCUAGCGAUGCCGCCAUUAACACUGCGUUUCAAUCUUCUAUGGGCGUCGUCCACACGGACACGGCUGUCGCCUGUGUGCGUAUCCCCUCCACUUGA